CGAGUGCAAAUGAGGGUAACAAAAAUUCAGGCAUAAACUUCAAGGAGAGAUAGCUUGUUUUUAUUCUUUGUGUGGAAGGGUUAUGAUUUCUGUUGCAAUCCAGAUCCAGUUUGACAGCAUUUUCAAGGCAGCAUGUACAGGCUUAAUACUAGGUUUUGCCCAAAGGCGUUUCAGCAAAACUCCCUGUGCUGAUAGAUGUGUUCUAAUUAAUGUUUAGCUUUAAAAUGAAGUGUUUUUCUACUACAUAUGUGAAGGUAACUUGAUGAUCAGGAAGAAUGUCAGAUGGCGUACUCCACGCAAACACUGGCUGCAGGCUGCUUUGGAAAAAUAUACAAGGAGAAGUACGGAGACACAUGGGCUGCUGUGAAGAGAGUUCCUCUAGGAGUAAUCAGCAGACAACAGCUGGAGAGGGAAUGCAAAGUAUAUCAUAAUGUACGGCAUACAAACGUGGUAAGGCUUCUUGGUGAACCUUGGGUGAAAGACUCGAAGUGGAACAUUCCUCUGGAGUUCAUCUUUGGGGAAGAUCUUGAGACGACCAUCUUCAAAGUACAGCUUUCUAAAAUACAGCUGUCUCCAGCAGUGAAAGCCACAAUCAUCACUGGCAUGUGUGAAGGCUUGCUCUAUAUGCACAGUAAAGACAUAGUCCACCAAGACCUCAAACCUGAUAACAUCAUGGUGGAGCAUCAAACCCAUCGUGCUGUGAUCAUUGAUUUAGGACUAGCAAAAUUUUCAAGAAACGGACUCUCCUCUGCAGUAAACUUGGGCAAUGAAGCAUAUUCAGCUCCAGAGAUCCUGCAGAGUGAUGGCGUUCGUGACAAGCGCUCAGAUGUUUGGGCCAUGGGUAAAAUCAUAGCUGAACUCUGUGCCAGGAUCAGGUUACCCACCCAAUUUGUGUCUCCCGCCAAGAUUCGUGAAACUCUAAAAGACCAGCCAUACAGUAAUCCAGUGUCCAGGAUGGUGGAACCCGAUCCCAAUUACAGAAGCAGUAUGGCCGGAGUCAUCGCAGAAAUCAGGAGAGCGGCUUCAGCUCAACCAACAGACAUGAGACCAAAAGACAUCACAAGAGACAUUCCUAGAGACUUCACAAGAGACAUCACAAGAGAUCAGAGGUGGUGUCCACCAGCAGCUCUUGUUCCUAAAGUAGAGCUAAAUAAACCUCCUGUGUUAUGUUAUCGACAGGAUCCACCUCAACAGAGAGAGAUGGGAAAGGCAAUGGUACCGGGUAGGGGGGAGGCCUUAAACAAGCAGCUCUCCCUGAUGUCAUUUCCUUGCCCUCUCCCAGAAACUGGAAAAGUGACCCAGGAACUCUACAUUGAGGAGAAAGGAGCUCUAGAAUAUAAAGAGAUUGUCACGAGGGGAGGGAAAAUCAUUAAAUAUGAGAAAGUGCAAAUAACCAAAGAUUCUUAAAAACAGCGCUUGCGAAUAGACUUGUGUUCUGAAAAAUGUUGAUGACCACUUUCCUUUUACAUGGGUGAAAUGCUUUUUAAAAAGAAAUUCCAAACUGGAAAACUAUUAUGGUGAAAUUGGUUUGAUUUUAGGUUUUGUCAUUGCUGAAAGCCUCUUUAUAUUCAGUUGAACAGUAAUUUUGUCUCAUUUGUUGUAAAGUACCAUUCAAAUGUAAAAAACACCAAUGUGUUGUUCUUUUUCUGGCAUUAAAAAUUUGUAGUACUCUA